AUGGCUGACCCUGGUCCCCCUGACAACAGCUACAACCGCUACUCGAUGCCGGUCACACGUUCCCGCACUGGUCUCUACGGUGCUGAUCUUGACCAGACUGGCACUGCCCGCUUCCUCUUUGGCGAGGAGGACACUUCUGGCGACAACAAGUACGGCCAGAACAACGGCGAUGAUAACUUUCCAACUUUGGUUCGCCGGGACGAUCAGAUGCUCUCUGCAUCUUCCGCUGCCCUUGACCUUGCCCUCUCCCCCUCGCCCGCUCCUGACGCGCCCUCUUCCAACGGUUGGGGCAAUAUUAACCGUCACCGCACCCAACAGAGCUUGUCUGCCAUCAACACGUCUGCCCUCAACGGAGCUGCUUCUCCCGGAGACAUCGGCAACCGGUCUUCUGUCCGCCACUCGCUCGACUUGAAGUUUUACCCCGACGCUCCCUCCGAAAACAACCAGAACCCCAUCGUCUCCCCCACCGGGAAUCACAUGAUGGCCACUCCUCCCAAGCUGCAGAGUUCCUUCUCUGCCAACGACGUGCCCACUGUCAAGAACCCCAACGGCGCCUUGGUCACCAACAACCAUGCCCAGCAGCAUUUCCACAACCACAAUGCUAGCAUUGGUCGCAUUCCCGCCGGCGCUGUUGCAGGCCGUCACAGCCGUGAGCUGUCCAACGACAACAGCAUGGGCGGCCAACGCGAGCAGGCUGGACCUUACCCCUCCAUCCAGUCCGCUCUCCAAGCCAACGCCGCUCCCUUCGGCCCAGGGGCGCCGGGCCAGGGCUUCCCCCAUACGUCCCAGGGCAACCAGGCCCCCAAUGGGACUGCUACUGCCGGCCCCGGAAAUGGAUACGGCGGCUUCUACCCUAGCGGCUACGUCUCGCCCAACAGCAACGGCCCGCCCACGUCUGGCCCCUACGGUCUUCCUCUCCUGGCCAUGAGCAUGCAGAACAUGAACCUCAACAACGGCAACACCAUCCAGGCCCGGGUCAUCCAGCACCGCCGCCAGAUGGACAACGAAGCCAUGUCCCGCUACAACGGCCUUGCCCUUGAGAACGUCGGUGGCCAGAUCUACGAUCUAUGCAAGGACCAGCACGGCUGCCGCUAUCUGCAAAAGAAGCUUGAGGAGCGCAACCCGGAGCAGGUCCACAUGAUCUGGCUCGAGACCAACCAGCACGUCAUCGAGCUCAUGACGGACCCUUUUGGCAACUACUUGUGCCAGAAGCUUUUGGAGUUCUGCAACGACGAUGAGCGCACCGUCCUCAUCCAGAACGCUGCCGCCGACAUGGUCCGCAUUGCCCUCAACCAGCACGGCACCCGCGCGCUCCAGAAGAUGAUUGAGUUCGUCACCACCCCCACCCAGAUCGAGAUGAUCAUCAACGCCCUUCGCUUCCAGGUCGUCGAGCUCAUCCAGGACCUCAACGGCAACCACGUCAUCCAGAAGUGUCUCAACAAGCUUAGCGCCCAGGACGCGCAGUUCAUCUUUGACGCCGUCGGCACCAACUGUGUCGACGUCGGCACCCACCGCCACGGCUGCUGCGUCCUCCAACGCUGCAUCGACCACGCCUCGGGCGACCAGAAGACCUGGCUGAUUGCCAAGAUCACCGAGCACGCCCCGAUCCUUGUCCAGGACCCCUUCGGCAACUACGUUGUGCAGUACAUCAUCGACCUCAACGAGCCUUCCUUCACGGAGCCCAUUGUCCGCAUGUUCCAGAACCGCAUCGGCCAGCUGUCCCGCCACAAGUUCAGCUCCAACGUCAUUGAGAAGUGCCUGCGCUGCUCCCAGGAGCCCUCCCGCGACAUGAUUGUCGAGGAGCUCCUGACCCCCGGCGAGAUCGAGAGACUCCUGCGCGACUCGUACGCCAACUACGUCAUCCAGACCGCCCUUGAGUACGCGACCCCCCACGGCAAGUUCCGCCUGGUCGACGCCAUCCGCCCCAUCUUACCCUCCAUCCGUUCGACCCCUUACGGCCGACGCAUCCAGGCCAAGAUCCAGGCGUUCGAGGGUCGUGGUAGCGCCACUUCCAGCGGCCAGGUCACCCCAGCGGACCCCAGCCAGGGCCAGAUCCCCCUGCGCCCCGGUCACAACCGCGCCAUGUCCAAUAACACCUCCGUCAUCUCCCCCGGCGGUGCUUUCGGCAACGGCCUCAACGGCGCCAUGGCCUCCCGCGGCAACCAGGCCAGCUACCCCGCGGCCAGCAACGUCACAGUCCCUCCCCCCGGCCCCCAGGGCCAGCGUAUGCCGCAGUUCGGCUUCAACGCCCAGCAGCGCACCAACGGCGGCGCAGCUGCCGACACGGGCGCCGGCGGUGAGACCCAGUGGCUGUAA